AUGGUCAACUUGAUUUUAAACCAAGACGAUGCGCAAUGGAAUCAGGCCUAUGCAGCAGUCAAAUCGGACCCAGAUAAUCUCGACUAUUGGGAACGCUUGAUUGAGCAUACAGAGCGCGUCCAAACCAAAGCUUCGCAAGAGGUCCUGCAUUAUCUUCGCUCCAAACAACAAUCUGAAAAACAAAAAAAUCAUACCCCUGCUUUUAUGCAGAUAUACACUACCAUAAAAAGUACAUCCCGUGAAGUCUAUGACAAAUUUCUUGAGCGUUUCCCGUUACUGUUUGCUUACUGGAGCAAGUACGUGGCGUUAGAAGUCGGGUUCACUGAAGAACACAAACUUACAGAAAGCACAACAACAUCUGACAACAACAACAACACUGACAAAUCCGAAUGGUGGAACCCUCUUCUUAACGUUUCUGCCACUGCCUUGGCUGUUCACGAGCGUGCAGUUGCUGCCUUCCCCAUGUCGAUCGACCUGUGGUCGGCCUAUACUACAUUUCUGGUCGAAGGCUUGACUGUAGAUGACACAUCCACAUCCACAUCCACAUCCAAAAACACUGAACGAAAAAAACAAAUUGACACCGUACAUUCCGUUUUUGAACGUGCAGCUGCUGUAAUUGGCCGCGACUUUAUGUCGCACGUUUUUUGGGACGAGUACUUGGCCUUUGAGGUAUCACAUUCACCCGAUAAUAUACCCAAAUCAUCUCUCAAGAUCCUCUCACGAAUUGUGCGUCUGCCACUUCAUCAGUAUGCUCGUUAUUAUGAACAAUUCAGUGAAGAACUUUCUAGCUUUUUAAGUUCCCUUUAUGAUGAUUUGGAUACUGCUCCUGUCGAUGAAAAAACUGCAUUACUUGUAUUACGACCUAUGGAAGUUGCUUACCUGAAGGAAAAGGCUACCAAAAAAAUUAUAACACCACAAGCCAUUCUCGAUUACUUUGCAAACAUUAUUUUUGCACGAACACAACAAGGAACUACUGACCGUUGGGCUUAUGAGUCACUUAUUUCGCGUUCGUACUUCCAUGUAGUAGAGCUCGAACCCGACCAACUUGAAAACUGGCAGUCAUAUCUCACCUGGGCUGAAAAUGAGUACCAGAGAAUACUGAAAUUGUUCACAAAUUCCAGAAAUAAUGACGGCUCCCUUGAACAAGAAGAGCUGUAUUGGAAAGAAUGCAUUACUGAGGAUGUUGUCGAGGAUGCUUUGGAACAGGCCCGUACACUUUAUGAGCGUGCUUUAAUCCCAUGUGCUCUUUAUGACUCUAUAUGGCUACGUUACGUGCGCUGGCUUUACUCACUGGCUCGAGCUUAUGCGCAACCAGAGGGGAAAUUCAAGGAACAAAGUCAACAACUUUAUGAAGACACUCGCAACGUGUAUCGACGUGCAUCUAACAUUUAUGUCCCUGUCACAAGACCAUUUAUUCGAUUCCAAUACUCAAUGUUUGAAGAAUCACUUGGAGAAAUAGUUCGUGCGCGUGAUAUCUUACAAGCCAUGCAAGAAGAAGCUUGCGAGGGUAUGACACUUGCAGCCACAUACAAUGAAGACAAGACAGCAUCGUUAUUGCGAGAAAAAAUUAAAAAGAAAGAACGAGUUGAGCGGGCGCGUCCAUGGAAAGAUGCAUCACUCAAACGAACGCUGAAAAAUGUUGACUUUACAGAACCCUUUUUCUAUAGGAUAGAGCUUGAAAAGCGUGCUGGUGGUAUCGGAAGUGCUCUGAGGUAUGUCCAGUUUCUGCUUGGCGACGAAAACGACCAAGAGCUUGAGAAUUUACUUGGGGAAACAAAUCUCUCAACAGAAACAGAAGGAAUACUUCUCAAACUGAGCAAGCCUAUAUCAGAUUAUCCAGAGAUUGUUACAUUCCUGGUGGCCACUAAGGCUCUACUUGUGGCCCACCUUUACAACCAUUCCAAGCAUCCAGCUGGCCGGUUGCAAUUAUUUGCUCAAAGCGUUGCACUUGCCCGCAAGUACUUUCAAGAUCAUAUCAUUGCGGCCAAGACUGCCUCUUCUUCUGCUGCUCCAUCACUAAACAGUGUAGGGGCUGCUGGGUUUGGGUUGCUCUCUACACUCCCUCACUUUUGGGUUUCGUACUUUGAGUUUGAACUUUUCGUGGUUAAGAAAAUAAACCGGCUGUCGCUUGAAUCUUUGCGGGCUCUAGAAAAUGACACGUUUGACUUAUCUACAAAACGUAAAAACCCUUCCACUUCCCAUAAGACUAAACGUAAGGUUGUGGACGAAGACGAUUUGGAUGCAUAUGCACUGGUGGUCAAAACAAUCCAAACCUAUAUGGAUCCUUUGGUAGACUUGCUAUUGAGCAAGGUUGGCAUUCCUCCUACUACAAUUAACGAUUUGGUAAGAACAUAUGUGGAUGAUGUACUUAUGGGAACUAUUGGACGACGUUUCCGAGUUCAGGAAACAAGCACCGAGAGUGUGUUAACACGACUCAUUAAACGUGCUCGUAUUCCAGUUGAUUCUCAAGCUACGCCAAUAAAAGAAAUGCUUCGCUUGGGUCCACAAAGCGGCACUUUGAGUGGAAGCAAUAAUGUCGCAGUUUCAAGUAGUAGUGCUGUUAUUGCUGCAACAAGUUUACCGAAACAAAACUACGCACUGUGGCCUGCUGCUAGAGCUGCUGAGCUUGAGACAGAACUUACUGGUCCGCUCAUCGUACGGACAAAACUUCUUGCAAAACUUGCAGAUGAUGGCAACCCAGAUACAACUCGAAAGCGGUUACGUAGUCAAGGUCAAGAGGUUUUUGUUUAG